GUAUGUAAUUAAUGUAAAGUGAGAUUAGAUAGCAAAGCUGAGGGUCCAUUUCCAGCAGUUGUCAGUUGCUCCAGUGCCUGUGCUGAGUCAGUGUAACUUGAUCCAUCCUGGGCUGUGCUCCAAAAGUUUAAGGAAAUGAUCUUAAAAAAAAAUUUUUUUUGAGGGGAUUGUUAACUGUGAUUUAACAGGAGGACAUGGGGCAUACAUAAUUAGUAUCAUUCUCAAAGUGCGAACAAUUACAAUGAUCAUAAAAUCCAACUCAGACACCUCAAUACAGUUUAGAGAAGAGGCAAAGAAAUACAGGAAGGUAAAGGAAAUGCUCAUGUAAAUUUACCUCUUCCACAGAUGAAUCAUCAGGAAAAACCACCAGAAGAAAAUCUAACUGAAAUGAUGGAAUUUUCUCUCUUAGGCUUUGCUGACAUGCCCCAUCUCCAGUGGUUCCUUUUUGGAUUGUUUUUAGUCAUCUAUAUCAUUAUCCUGAUAAGCAAUGGCACCAUAUUUCUAAUAACAAAAAUGGAUCCUGCUCUCCAGAGCCCUGUGUAUUUUUUCCUGGCAAAUUUUUCCUUCUUGGAAAUCUGCUAUGUAACAGCUACUCUCCCCAGAAUGCUGAUGAAUCUAGGGACCCAGAGAAGAAGAAUUUCCAUGGCUGCCUGUGCUACACAGAUGUGCUUUGUUCUUCUGUUCGGAGGUACAGAGUCUUUGCUCCUGGCAGUGAUGGCCUAUGAUCGCUAUGUGGCCAUUUGUAACCCUCUACACUACCCUGUAGUCAUGAACCACAGGGUCUGUAUCCAGUUGGUGACUGGGUCCUGGAUCACUGGAAUCCCAGUUAUGAUAGGGCAUACGUAUCAGAUUUUCUCUCUGCCUUUUUGUAGAUCUAAACAAAUUAACCAUUUCUUCUGUGACAUUCCCCCAAUACUCAAGCUAGCUUGUGGGGACACCUUUGUAAAUGAGAUGUUGGUCUACAUAGUUACUGUGUUAUUUGUCAUGUUUCCAUUUCUGUUGAUUCUUUGCUCCUACAGUAAAAUCAUCUCCAUCAUCCUGAAGUUGCCAUCAGCCACAAGUCAAGCUAAAGCCUUCUCCACCUGUUCUUCUCAUCUUAUGGUUGUGGUGUUAUUCUUUGGAUCAUGCAUUAUUACAUACUUAAGACCCAACACCAGACAUUCAGAGGGAACUGACAAAGUGCUUUCUCUUUUCUACACUAUCCUAACACCUUUGUUUAAUCCCGUGAUAUAUAGUCUAAGGAACAAGGAUGUCAUAAGAGUACUGAAAAAAUUGCUAUGUAAAUAAUUCACUUCAUUAACGAAUGAGUUAAAUGUAUAAGAAUUGCUUUCUUACAUAUUUUUUGUCCCAUUUCAAUAGAUAUAUACCUUUAUCUAUACCUUGUCUUUCAUACUGAUGCAAUUAUUUUCAAACUAAAAAUUACUUGUAAUAUUGUUAGACCUUUCUGCUCAAGUUAUGUAAGUAAUAUAUGUGUCAUCUGGUAGAAAAUCAUUCCAUUAGUAAUCCUAAACCUUCAUUGUAUGAUGUUUUUCCUCAAUAAAAACUUUUGCAGGGAUUGAUUUAAUCCAGUCGCUUGUAAUAUAUAACUUAUUAUAUCACUUAUUG